CGCUGAACUUGGAUUGAAGCCACGUGGAUCGGCGCCGUUGAAACUUUUUAGCUUUCCUUCCACGCUUUCCCUUUUUUUUUUAAAUCCGCCGCCAAAUCUGUAACCCGAAAACUCCUUCCAAUUUCAUGAAUUACGAACAGAGGCUUAAAGCCGCGGCCAAAAUCGUCCUCACGUACGACGAACGCGCUGGAGACGAUGCGGUGGAUUGUGUAGAAUUUGGAGUCACCGCGACGCUGAAACCUCACCAAGUCGACGGAGUGUCUUGGCUUGUUAGGACAUAUGUUCUUGGCGUCAACGUCGUUCUUGAUGGGAUUGGGGAAGACUCUUCAAGCUAUUUCCUUCUUGAGCUAUUUGAAGGUCCAUCAGAAGUCACCAGGGCCAUUUUUGGUGCUUUGUCCCUUAAGUGUAACGGACGGUUGGGUGUCAGAGAUAGUUAAAUUUACUCCUAAAUUAGAAGUUCUUAGGUAUGUCGGUGACAAAGAACACCGGCGAAGUCUACGCAAGAAUAUAUAUGAGCAGGUGAAAGAGAAGUCAUCAUCAAAUGUUCCAUCCUUACCCUUUGAUGUGCUCUUGACAACAUAUGACAUAGCAUUGAUCGAUCAAGAUUUUCUCUCUCAAAUACCCUGGCAUUAUGCUGUAAUAGAUGAAGCUCAAAGGCUUAAAAAUCCUUCCAGCGUUCUGUAUAAUGUCCUUAACGAUAGGUUUAUUAUGCCAAGACGGUUGUUGAUGACUGGUACUCCUAUUCAGAACAAUCUCACUGAACUCUGGGCUUUGAUGCACUUUUGUAUGCCCUCGGUGUUUGGGACCCUAAACCAGUUUCUUUCUUUAUUCAAAGAAGCUGGAGAUAUUUCAUCAGAUAGUACAUCAUCUAAGUCCAAGGAGUUGUUUAAGAGUUUAAAGUAUAUAUUGCAAGCUUUUAUGCUUCGACGGACAAAAGCUAAACUUAUUGAGUCUGGAAAUCUAGUACUCCCGCCUCUUACUGAGAUUACUGUGAUGGCUCCAUUAGUUAGCCUGCAAAAGAAGGUGUAUACUUCAAUAUUAAGAAAGGAGCUUCCAAAACUUCUUGCUUUGUCUUCUAGCUCAUGUAGCCAUCAAUCUUUACAAAAUAUUGUAAUUCAACUAAGAAAAGCAUGCAGCCACCCUUACCUCUUCCCUGGCAUUGAGCCUGAGCCAUAUGAAGAGGGUGAACACCUUGUUCAGGGCAGUGGGAAGCUUAUGGUUUUAGAUCAACUACUCUGGAAGCUAUAUGAUUCUGGGCAUCGUGUCCUUCUCUUUGCUCAGAUGACACAUACGCUUGACAUUUUACAGGAUUUUUUAGAGUUACGAAAGUAUUCCUAUGAGCGGCUUGAUGGAUCAAUUCGAGCUGAAGAGCGGUUUGCUGCAAUAAGAAGUUUCAGCAAGCAAUCAGCUGAAGGGAGUGUGAAUUCAGAAUCUGACCAAACUGCUGCUUUUGUUUUCUUGAUCUCUACGAGAGCUGGGGGUGUUGGCUUGAAUCUUGUAGCUGCUGAUACGGUUAUUUUCUACGAGCAAGACUGGAAUCCUCAGGUAGACAAGCAGGCUCUUCAGCGAGCACAUAGAAUAGGCCAAAUGAAUCAUGUGUUGUCCAUAAACCUUGUUACGGAAUAUAGUGUGGAACAGGUAAUUAUGCGGAGAGCAGAAAAGAAGCUGCAACUUAGUCGUAAUGUUGUAGGAGAUCAUGUCAUGGACCAGGAGGGGAAAGAAAUGGAAGGAGCUGAAAUGGGUGAUUUGCGAUCUAUCAUAUUUGGAUUGCAUAUGUUCGAUCCUGCUCAGAUCAAUAAUGAAGAAGCAUAUGAGUUAAAGACAUCCGAGCUAAGUGCUAUGGCCGAGAAAGUAAUUGCAAUGCGUUAUGAACAAAUGUUAGGCAAGAAUGAUGGCAAGUUUGAGAUUAAUGCAGGGGAUUUGAUGGAUGGCCAUGAUGUUCAUAUGAUAGAGAGUUCCGUCAGCAAUGAUCCUGGUCUUGAUGAGGCUUCAUACCUUUCUUGGGUUGAAAAAUUCAAGGUAGCUUCACAGUCGGGUGAUAAUCAAAUCAUGGCAUUGGAAAGUAGAAGGAACUUUCCUGAGGACAGGCAUCUGAAAGUUGAGGCUGCAAAGAAGAAGGCGGAGGAAAAGAAGGCGGCUAAGUGGGAAGCUAAUGGAUACCAUUCACUGUCUGUCCAAGAUCCUUGUCCAAUGGAUGGUGAUAUGCUGUCAGAUUCUGGUUCUGUUUUUUUUGUUUAUGGCGAUUGUACUGAUCCAUCAAUAGUUUGUCCCUCUGAGCCUGCUAUAAUAUUCAGUUGUAUUGAUAAUUCUGGAAACUGGGGUCAUGGUGGAAUGUUUGAUGCUCUAGCGAAGCUUUCUGCUAGUGUUCCUGUUGCAUAUGAACGAGCAUCCGAGUUUCAGGACCUUCAUCUCGGUGAUCUUCAUCUUAUAAGAGUCAAUGAGGAUGUCAAGGAAAAUAAUACACCAUUAUGGGUUGCUUUGGCUGUUGUUCAAUCUUAUAAUCCAAGACGUAAAGUUCCUCGUAGUGACAUCACUAUGCCUGAUCUGGAACGUUGUUUGUCAAAGGCAUCAUUCUCAGCAGCUGAAAAUUCUGGUAAAGACUUCAAGUUAAUCCAUCUUACAUCAUCACCACCAUCAUCAUUAAUUAAUAUUACAUCUUCAAAACAUUCAACUUCAAUCCACAUGCCACGAAUUGGAUAUCAAGAUCGAUCAGAUCGUUCUCAGUGGUACACCGUGGAACGUCUUCUGAGAAAAUAUGCUUCCAUUUAUGGUGUAAAGAUCUUUGUGUAUUAUUACCGUCGGUAACUUGCUGAAGGAGUAUUGUGUGUUAUGUUCAUGACCUUCAUAACUGUUUGCCAGCCAUAAAUUUAAGUUAGGAGCUCUCAUAUACUUAUCUCCUUCCAUGACAUUAGAGAAGGUUGAAUGUGUUGUACAAUGGAUUAUUCUGCAUGCUGUAAAUAUAUGAAUUUGAUGGGAUGAUAUGGGUAUAUUACAAUUUCCUUUGGACCA